AUGCCUCCCAGAUAUGGCGACGAUUAUCGCUCUGAUGAGCGCAACUCUACCCGCCCAAGAGGCUCACGCUCGCGCGAGUCUACGGGAUAUUACGCUCAGGGCUACCCCGGCGACUCUUACCCCGAUGCACAGAGACCACGAGGUGUCGUUAAUGCAGAACCUUCGGCGUUACCUAGGCAGCCUCUUCAACAGAUCCCGCCAAGUGCAGGAGAACUCCAGUAUAUGCAUGCCCCGGGUCAUGCUGGUCAAGACCACUAUGGUACACCCUUUGAUGAUUUUCAUGGUCUAUCGUCUGGCCAAACUGGCGUACCCGGUCCUGGGAGUUACCAGGGAUAUCCACCCCCAAACGGCCAACCCCCUGAUCCAAACAUGGACUUGACAUCUCCACAACAGUAUGACUCCCACCACAGCCCCAGAAGAGGGUCGAGUCGUUCAGAGUCAACCAUUUUCGACGGUCAUCCUGCUGUUAUUUCUACACUGGAUCCACGAUAUGUUUUGCAACCAAGAAGCUACUACACCACUGGAAAGAUCUUCGCAAUACUAUGGCACGAGAACUAUGGAAUGUCGAACGGGCACGGGAACGGAACCGUUAUUACCCACGGCCCGACGUUUACAGGACGAUUCAAUGAGCCGAUUUAUAGCGCUAUUCGCCGUAUGGUCGUUUUCAGCACAACCGGCCAGAAGUCACUUUGCUUCCCCAUAAGUACGUAUGGCAACCGUGGUGUCGCAAAGCCAAACGUGGACCCUGACACGCAUGCAAUUGUAUACCCGCGGGGUACAUCGCCCAUCCGGGAGGCCAACGAGCCACGUAUGAUUAAGGAGCCUCUGGAGGUGGCCGUUGAGUCGUAUGAUGAAACACUCAAUCCUAUGUCGAGGCUGGACUUUGGCAAAAUACACACUGUGGAACAUAACGUCAAAGUGCUUCCAAUCGGAAGAAUAACAAGCAAAUCGAUGACGAGAUUUAUACAAUACACGAGAGACGAAAUGAACAACUUGGUUUACUAA